AUGAAGUUGCUGUGCUUUGUUUGUUUAUUAUCAGUCAUUCCAUCAUUAACGCUAACUGCUCAGUACAAUUAUAAUUACAACGAUAACUAUCAGACUAGACCAAAUAACGGUUACAGACCGAAUAACUAUAAUCACGUCAAUAAUUACAACAGUGAUAAUUAUGAUUAUAAUAGUAAUAAUAAUAAUAAUAAUUACAAUUAUAAUAAAAAGAAGAAUUAUAAUUAUAAUGAUUAUUACGCUAAUCAAAAGCCAAGACAAGAAAAACUAACACGAAGAUACACCAUUGAAGGUGAAGCUAGCCACACGCAUAAUAAACAUGGAGAGAAUCAUUUAAAAGCGAUUGGCGCCAUGUUUGGUUUCGGUGAAACUUAUCAAACAUCUGAUUAUAUACAGACAACAACAUUUCAUAGUGGAAGUAUAUACGGGAAAAAUGGGAAAAAGCGUAAAUUUGCCACCUAUGAUACAGAAGGUGAAGUGAAGCAUAAUCAAAAGACAAAAGGAAGAGCCAAAUUGAAAAUGAAUGCUAACCUAUAUGGUCAUGAAAGAGUUGAAGACAGGAAAGAUCUUAAAGCUAUUGCAACUUAUGAAAAUGAUAACAGUGCUAUUGAAGAUGAUGAUGUAGCGAAUUAUUCGCCUACAGAACAUCCGUAUGGUAAAUUAGAAGAUUAUCAAACACCAAGUUAUACUUCAGAUAGUGCAAAGCUAAAAUAUUGA